AUGGGCUCCUGGAAAGACCCUUUCAUAACUGUCACCUUCCCAAGCAAAGUCAUCUUUAUCAUUGGCUCUUGGCUUCUGUUCAUCAUCCACUUGGGAGUGAUUAUUGGGGAUGUCUAUCACUUCUUCAUCUCUCAAAAAGGGAACCUCAUGAGCUUCCGGUUUACCAUAUCGCUGCUGUUCUCCCACGUGACCAGCUUUUAUUGGGCCCUGCUAGCGAGCAUGUACACCUUGCAAGCGGACGACGGCUUCUUGAUGUGCUUAGCCGUGACUUCCCUCGCCUUGAAUUUUGCUGUAUACCUUGCCCGAUUCUGGAUGGACUAUCUCACCAUUGAGUACAGAGAAGAAAAACAUGAAUGA